AUGAUCAAGAUAAUUGGAACAUUGCUAUUCAUUUUUGCAACGAUAGCGUUGGCUCAGUCAAACACUUUGAUGGUCAACUUCCAACCACGCGCAGAACAGGCAUGCACUGGAGAUGUUAGUGGUGUUGGAUAUGCAGCUUCAUUGAAUGAUUGCAUCGACUUGGAUACAGUGUCCUACGAGUUCAUCGUGACUGCAUUGCGCGCCGGUUGGAAGAUCUUUGACGAUGGCACCUGCGCUGGCAACUUCACCGACGACUCCUACAAGAAUGGAACAUGUGUCACCGAUCUCCAAUUCACAGAGUACAUCGCUCCAACACCAUUUGCCACCAUGUACAUCUCGCAGGAGCCCAUCGUCGACGUUGGCUCUGGCAAUAUCAUUGGCGCAAUAUACACUCACGAGACCUGUGGACUCGGUUCGUUGGUGGCCUAUGCUUACGCGACCAAUGGCACUACACUCACCACUGACGAUGGAACCGUGCUGACAUUGACAUGUGACGGUGAGCAGCCAAAGGGACAACAAUGUCUCUCAGGCUCAUGCAAGUCCUACAACUUUGACACCAACUGUGAGCAAAGCUUCAGCAACUACUACCUCAAGAUCACAUGUAGCUCACUC